AUGUGUGGAGAAGAAUAUGGUACUUAUCCAGUAAUCCAUGCUUAUAGGUAUCAGCCAAGUAGAAGCUUCAGUAGAGGUAUAUUUGACAUCUCUGAGGUUACUGUGAAUGGUAAAUUACAAAAAUUCGAGCUUAAUCCACUACCAUUCCAAAGAGUUGCCAGAUUCAUGGCAUAUAUAUCUCCUUGUGAUAAAGAUAAACCAUUUUUAAUCUGCGUAGAGUUUGAUGGUGGAAACGGCAAAACCUAUAAGUGGUACCAUAGAAAGACUGAAGGAGAUAAGUGGAAGGUAUACCUCGGAUUUACUUCCACUCAGUCUCCUCGUAAUGUUAAAACCAACCUUGGAGAUCUUUUAAAUAGGCUUAGGAAUGUCUUGGGAUUACAGGAGUGCAAUGUAAUAACUGAGGCUGAGGGUAUAAAGAUUAAUGUAAGUAAGACAGUAGACCCAGGAUAUUUUACCACAUACUAUUAUGAAUCUACAGUAAGUAAAAAGAAGUAUUCCAUAUUUUUAAAUAAAGCAGAGAAUGAUCCCACAUUUGGCUUUUUUAAGAAUACCCAUAAAGCAAAUACUAAUUAG